UGGAACAGACUACCCAGGGAAGUAGUGGAGUCACCACCCAUGGAGGUAUUUAAAAGACGUGUAGAUGUGUCAUUUGGGUACAUGAUUUAAUGGUGGAUUUGGAAGUGCUGGGUUAGUGACUGAACUCGAUCUUGAAGGUCUUUUCCAACUUAGAUUCUAUGAUUCUAUGAUUUUAUCCACCAUCAGAAAUCCCCGAGGCCAGGAGUUGUGAGGCAGUGGGGAGAGGGGUAGGAUGAAAGAGGGUGCCAUGCCAGCCCAGCCCUGCCAUCCUGCAGAGACCGUGGCUGAGCUGAAAUGCAGCUACCAGGAGAAGAACCUGCCGGUGACAGACGGGAGCCGGGAGCUGCACAGCCUUUGUGCCCAGCUAGAGUUCCUCCUCCAGUUUGAUCUCAAGGAGAAGAGGAGCUUCUUUGGGCAGCGCAAGGACUAUUGGGACUUCUUGUGCCAGGGCCUAGCACGGUGCCGGCAGGAGCAUGAGGGCAUUCACUUCGUCACCUCCCUGGACAAGCUGAAGACCCCUGUGGGCAGGGGCCGAGCCUUUCUGCGGUACUGCCUGGUGCACCAGCAGCUGGCAGAGUCCCUGCAGCUCUGCCUCGUCGACUCUGAGAGCCUCUGCGAGUGGUACUAUGCCCGUAGCCCCUUCCUGAGCCCCAAACAGCGAGCAGAGAUCCUGGGUAGCCUCUAUGAGCUGGACUGUGUCACCUUCCACCUGACCCUGCACAGAGAUGACCUGGACACCGCCUGGCCCAUGUUCUCCGAGCCACUGGUACGGCCCAGCACGGUGAUCAGGAGCAGCCCAGCAAAGACAGCCCUGCAGACAGACAGCAUCAGCACUGCGGCACAUGGAUGGUCCGAUGGCAUUGGCCAUCCCACUGUGGCACUCCAUGGGACAUCAGCCCAUCAUUGCUCACCCAUUAUGGCUGCCCUGCAGGCAGGGAGUGUGGAAAAUGAAAAUAUAGAGGGAGAUGUAGACGAUGGGGAGGUGAAGAAGGACAUGGAAGAGGAGGAUAAAAAGGGGGUGGAGAAGGAUGACAGUGAGGAUACAAAGGAGGUGAAGGUGGAGGAUGUGAAGUUGGAGGAUGUGGAAGUGGAGGUGGAGAAGGACAUGGAGGAGGAUUUGGAAGAGAAGGAUGAAGAGUUGAAGGACGAGGAGAUGAAGAAUGGGCAUGAACAGAAGUUAGAGGAUGUACAUGGCACUGGCAAAGCAGCCCAGCCUGAUGGUGCUGGAGAGCCUGGCAUGUCCCCACUGUCCACUGGCACAAGGUGCAUGCUGGGGUCUCUAUCACUGAUGCCCAGGCGACCGGGUGGGACAGAGGAAUCCCUGCAGGCACUGGUGUCCCAGCUGAGGGCCGAGCUGGCUCAGCGUGAGGCGGCAGCACAGGCGCUGGCGGUGAGGCUGGCGCGGGCAGAACUGCGGCACCAGCGGCUGGAGGAGGACAGUGCCCGGCGAGCCCAGCUGUGGGCACGCGAGGCUGAGGCACUGCGGGAAACCAACACCUUCCUGGAGCGGGCACUGCAGGCAGCGGGGGACCCGCGGGCACUGACACGGGCACAGGAGGAGGCACGGCGCUGGAAAGAGGUGGCAGAGGAGCGGGGUAUCCAGCUGGCCGGGGUGCUGGCAGAGGCGGCGGAGCUCACCUCGCGCCUGCGGGAAUGCCAGGAAGCGCUGGCGGCGGCAGGACGGACGGACAUGCUGAAGGAUGCUGGUACCUCAAAUGAGGUGGCUGCUGUGGAGGAGGUGCUGCGGCAGGCACUGGAGCUCGCCCGUGGUUCCCAGGAGCCCCCACCAGCCCCCCAGGCAGAAGGGGAACCCAGCACGGUCACCAGCAUGGCCAUGCGCUUGGCCAGCCUGGCCGCCACAGCACAGGAGGAGACCUGGCAGAGCCGGCAGCUGCUCCAGGCCCAGCAACAGGAGAUGGCACAGCUGCAGGAGGAGCUCAGCAGGGCUCGUCAGGACGGUGAGCGCUGGGCAUGGGCGCUGCAGCGGGCGCAGCGGGAGGCUCUGGAGCGGGAGGCCACGCGCGGCGCCGAGCAGGCACGGCAGCAGGAGCUCAUCCGCGACAUGAAGGAGCGGCUGCUGGAGCUGCUGCGGGAGAAGGAUGCCCUGUGGCAGAAGACAGAGGGCAUUGACACCCCGAUGCCCAGUCCCGUGCCCCGCCACCCGGGAUUGUGUGCCCGCUGCCACAAGGAUUUCCGCCUUCUCUCUCGGCGGUACAACUGCAGGCUGUGCCAGGGCAAGGUGUGCCACACGUGCUCCGUGGACAUGGGCAAGCAUGGCCGCUGCUGCCUAAUUUGCUACCAGCAAAGGCAACAGCAGGAUACAUGAGUGGGGACAGCAGCCC